ACGGUCGGAACUAAUUUGUCAAUAUUGGAUGUGGAAGGUUCUAGCUGUCAGUUGUUCCAGUUGAAUGUAAAUAUUUUCCUGCAAUAUUGAGCAAUAAUGUCCAGCAACGAACAGAAAGCUCAGGCUUUGAUCGCCGAAGCAGAGAAGAAGUUAAAUUCCUCAAAAAGUUUCUUCGGUUCUCUAUUUGGAGGAUCGACCAAGGUUGAAGAUGCAGUGGAAUGCUAUCAGAGAGCAGCUAACCUCUUCAAGAUGGCCAAGAAUUGGGCUAGCGCAGGCAGUGCCUUCUGCGAAGCUGCCAAUCUCCAUUCGAAAGCUGGAUCCCGUCAUGAUGCUGCCACCAACUAUGUAGAUGCUGCCAAUUGCUACAAGAAAUCCGAUAUUGAAGAGGCUGUUAAUUGUCUUCUGAGAGCCAUUGAGAUUUACACUGACAUGGGUAGGUUUACGAUGGCUGCUAAGCAUCAUCAAAGUAUUGCUGAGAUGUAUGAAUCCGACUGCGUUAAUUUGGAGCGUGCAGUGCAGCAUUACGAACAAGCUGCCGACUAUUAUCGUGGCGAAGAAAAUAAUUCUUCUGCUAAUAAGUGCUUGUUAAAGGUGGCGCAAUACGCUGCCCAAUUAGAAAACUAUGAUAAAGCAAUAACGAUUUAUCAAGACGUGGCGAUGUCUUCUUUAGAAAGCUCUCUAUUAAAAUACAGUGCUAAGGAGUAUCUCUUCAGGGCAGCCCUGUGCCACCUCUGUGUGGACAUUCUAAACGCUCAACAUGCGAUGGAGAGAUACAUCCAGAUGUAUCCGGCUCUGCAAGACUCCCGAGAAUAUAAGCUUAUCCAGACGCUGAUCGAGCACAUGGAAGACCAGAACGUCGAUGGCUUCACAGAUGCCGUCAAGGAUUAUGAUUCGAUAUCACGCCUAGAUCAAUGGUACACUAUGAUACUGUUACGCAUUAAGAAAACACUCAAUGAAAACCCAGACCUCCGUUGAGUCUGCUUCGUUGCACCACGUAACUCACUUAUUCGUAUUAAUUUUCGCAGUUAUUGUUCAUGAUAUAUAAAAGUGCUAUUUCGUUUCGUCAAAGGAAAAAAAAAACAAAUAAUUAAUUAUGAAAUUAAUCAGUUGAUCUAGUCAUUAAUUAUUGUAUAUAUUGUUUAAACUAAUGUGACUUCCUUUAGUUUGGAACAGCCUGAGCCUCAACAUUUUCCCGUUUCGUUUAUUCGUUUUUUUUUACAUCAACAAUUCUACUAACUUGGCUUUUCGGUUUCAAUCCGUAUAUAAUCAUAUAGACAUUAUAUUGACAUGUAUACAAAACAAAAAUAAUACACAUUUAAUCUUAAAUUUAUAAUGUUAACAUUCCAAAAUAAGCUUUGUGUUGAGUAGAAUUUUUAUAAAAUUAUUAAUUAUUAAAAAAAUAUAUAUAUUAAUUUAUGUCCCAUCGGUAUAACUAAAAGUGGAUUUGACUGCUUUUCCAAAGCUAAUAGCACUUUCAUUGUUAUUAUACUUAAGAUGCAAGAUGGUGUAGCGAAGCCAUCGCACUACUGUUAUAUUUAUAAGAAUCAGUAUAUAUAUUAUUAUAUAUAGUGAACAAAAAAAAAUUGUUACUGCUAAAAAUGGUUAAGUGUUUUGUUUUUCUUUAAUUAUACUAUGAUUUAUAUGAAGGGUCUCUCGAAAUUUAGACGAGAUAAUCAAUUGGUAUGCAAAAUAGUUAAUGUGUAUGUUAUCAGAUUGUAAUUGGUAAAGAUUCAAUAAUAAAUAUUUAAUGCCUAAAUAAUGGGUUAUAAUGAAA